CAGGGAGAUCAACGAAUCAGAUUCGGAUGUCCCAGAUGAACGGGAAGUUUACAAUUUUUGUUGACACACGAGCUACACAAUUAGGUACAAUUUCUUAGCGAAAUUGUUGAUUUUUGUCUAAACAAAGAAAAGAUGGUUUGCGACAAUUGUGAGAAGAAGCUGGGCAGGGUGAUAACUCCAGACACCUGGAAGGAUGGUGCGAGAAACACUACAGAGAGCGGUGGGCGGAAGCUGAACGAGAACAAGGCUCUGACAUCUAAGAAGGCCAGGUUUGAUCCUUAUGGGAAGCCAGGAAAGUCAGGCUUUGGCAUCUGCAGAAUCUGCAAGAGCUCUGUUCACCAAUCAGGAUCUCACUACUGCCAGGGCUGUGCCUACAAGAAAGGUAUCUGUGCCAUGUGUGGGAAAAAGGUUCUGGACACCAAGAACUACAAGCAGACCUCUGUCUGACAGGCUUCUGACAGGCCACCAGGAGGACCAGAGGGAGAGGGGAGGAGAAGAUAGAGGGGGAGGAAGGUGUGCACGAGGAAUGACGACUUUAUCCUGUUGUUCAGACCCCCUGACUGUCUAAAACACUCAUAGCAGAGUUGCAGUCAAGGGGUUUUUACUCUGUGUGUGUGUGUGUGUGUGUGUGUGUGUGUGUGUGUGUGUGUGUGUGUGUGUGUGUGUGUGUGUGUGACAGAUGUGGAGCAGGGUUUCCCUCCCUGUUGUAAAGCUCCUAUAAUUUUCAGCUUUGUAGCAGCAAUACGUGGCCAGCACUGUUCCACAAACCAAAUCGGAGGCUACUUUUAGUUUUAAUAGCUGAACUGAUGGUUUCUCUCCUGUUGUGUCAAAUCUGCUCUGAUACAGGAGUUUCCUUUUAUUGAUUCUUUGUGAAUUAUAUCAAGUGUUAUGUUUGAGUGCAUUAAAAUAUUCAAUAUGUAACGGCAA